AUUUCCAUACGCAGGUAUAAAUAUUCUUCUGUUCCGAGAGCUGAACAUUCACUAUGGAAAGCAGUAAUGCCCUCGCAGCAAUUGUCCUCGCAUUUCAAAGCAUACCUCUGGCUGCAGGCUCUUAUGGAGGAGUGACCGGCCUCGACUCGGUAGCGCGCGGUGUAUGUGCACUGAUUGAUCAGACUACCGGUCCUCUUCUUCUCUACGGACUCAUUAGUCUCUGCUACCCUGACCUCUGCAUCCCUUGUAUCAAACCAGCAUUCCAUUUGAAGUGGAUGGGUUUUCAUGGAUCGAGAGUUCAUAUCUGCUACCCUGUCCUCCACUUCUCUUCCUUCGACUUGAAGCUUCGGAUGGCACGGAUAGGUUUCAUUCACACCAAAGGUUAUGAAACCGAUAUAGAAGGCGCAAGCGCCUCUUUUCGCGCCAAUUGGCUGGAUAUCAGUAACACGGUUACGCGUGCAGGAAAAUUCUUGGUCAGAGGGAGCUCUGGUGGUCGCAAAACGCUUGAGCAGCUUGAGGAAGGGUUCAAUCAAAGUGAAGGAGUUGUACCCUUUGCCCCGAACUCGAACCACUGGAUAUACCCUUACCUGCUUGGAAAGCAGCCUCGAGAAGCAGGUCAAAUGGUUGCAUUGUCCAGAGAUUGUCUUAUCCAGACUACAGCACUUGUCGUUGCACGUUUCGCGAUCCUACUUGCAUCUUCAAUGCUGGUUACCCUUUUCCAUAUAUUCGUUGUUCUGUUCCUGUUCGAAGACACAUUAACAAAAAUUUUCUUAAUCUUCGGAGACAUUGGGCGUUGGAUAUUGGUCGUCGGCCAAUUGGCAAGCGUCAUGACAUAUUCUCUGGAUUAUAAAGGAGUUUGUUCGUGGGCAUCACCAAAAACGUAUGGAGCCCGCUGGAAUAAGCGGGAGCAAAUUCAAUGUCGAAAUCUCGUCCUUCAUUACAUUGGGAAAAUGUAUCCUGCAGGCGUCGUCUUCCGGCUUGCAGCAUGGCUAUGGCCCAAGAUCACUGCUAGAACCGGUGGUGGAUGGAAAGACGUCCUUGGCGAGGAUGAAGUAUUUUCCUCAUUCCAUUGCUUCAGUGAGAACGACUUGGCGGAUAAUAAAAGUACACUUCUGCGUCUGUUUGUGGCGGAAAAAGCACCGGGAGAGUCGUCAAUUGAUUUUCGAGAUUCGUACCACAUCGACUUCAAAGUGCCUACGGAACUAAUCCAAUCUGGGUUUGAUUCCCGGCUACAACCGAAUCCUACUCAACAAAAAUAUAACUUUCGAGUAAUGGGCCCGUUCUGCGUUUGCAAUAUCCUGGCUCCAUUUGUGCUCAUUUGGCGGGAUGGUCAAUCAUCAAAUCCAACACUGACACUAAUUAUCAGUAGUUUAUUUCAAAUAGUUGCUCUGGUGCUCAAUUACAAGGACAUCGAUGACCAGUCAAUCAAUUGUAGAUUCCAGAACAUUCCUCAACCUCUGGUCCAGGGGUCCCAUUACACAGUUCCACCUAGUCCGUUUCGCAAACGUCGCACCGGUGGAAGUACGGGCACCAGAUGGUCUAAUGUUCAUCAUCCUAAUGAUUUCAUUAAUACUGCCAUUGGGGUAAGCGGCACUUCUACAGCUACAACAGGCCCUUCAGUAGUGGGAGCUGCUAUGAUUGUUCUGGAGGAACAGGAUGUGACGGAAGGUAUUACUGAUAGAAAAGGGAAGUUGAGAGCAGUUCAAGACUAGUGAACUCUUAACGUCGAGUGCGUGAACUCGGAAAUUCUGAAUCUAGACAGAGAUUUUGUACAGGGUAUGUACAUUUGAGGCUUCUGAGGGACCGACCGUGCAAUCACAAUAUAAUAAACAGGCAUCCACUGAUUCAUACUUAU